UUACUAGCUGCAUAGAAUUUGAAUGAGCAGUUUCUCACCCUGACUGAUGAUUGAAGCAGUCCACAAGCACAUCCCCCAGUUUAGUCUUUGUUCCUCAGGUGCUUCCAGGAGUUCUCGUGUCUGAGGAAUGAGGCCAAGAGAUGAUGUCACACCCCACCUUAUGUAGCUUUUCCAUAUGGUGGAAACCCUUUGUUCCAAACUCAGUUCCCAGUCCAGUUUGUGGAAAAAUACAGGGGCUGGUGACUUUUGAGGAGGUGGCUGUGUAUUUCACCAGGGAAGAGUGGGCUCUGCUGCACCCCACUCAGAGAGCCUUCUACAGGGAUGUUAUGCAGGAGAACUAUGAGACGGUGGUCUUACUGGGGUUUCCAGUUUCCAAACCUGAUGUGAUCUCACAGCUGGAACAAGGGGAAGAGCCGUGGAUCCUGGACUUCCAGGGCUCUGAGAAAGAAGAGCUCCCCAGAGGGAGUGACCUGUGUCUGGAUUAUCUGUCUCCCAUUCAGGUGAUGGGAUGGUGAGUGAGAAUGAGGAGAAACCCCAGCAGGAAGAUGCUGAGCAAGUAGAACCACAUGGAACAAUUUCAGGAAGAUCCAAAGGGAAUGUUUCCGGGAGUUGUGCACUCCGAGAAAAAGCAAAAGCCUGUGAGACUCAGGAGAGGCCAGAGGAAAACUUCAGUAGCCACUCAAACCUUAUAACCCGCGACAGAAUCAAUUUGGAAGAGACACGCUACACAUGCCAUGAGUGCGGGAAAAGCUUCAAUGGGAACGCUGCCCUUAUCACACAUCAAACAAUCUACACGGGUGAGAAAGUUUAUGGAUGCUCUGAGUGUGGGAAACGCUUCAUUGAUAGUUCAACCCUCACCUCACAUCAGCGAAUCCACACAGGAGAAGCGCCCCACAUAUGCUCUGAGUGCGGGAAACGCUUCAAUCACAGCUCUGCCCUGAGAAGACAUAGGAGAAUCCACACAG